UGACUUUUCGUUCAGACAUUCAUCCACCAAUUAGACAGAAUACCAAUUCGAAGCUGAAGAUUCUUGUCUGAAAGUCAGAGAGAACAAGAGAGAGAUCUGGGUUUCUGAAAACUCUUGUGAGAAUCUCAUGGGUUUUGCUACAAAAGUUUGAGCUCAACCCAGUUUCUAAUUGUGAAGCCAUAGAGAAAUUUUGGGUAAUUUAGUGAGAGUUUAGGAGAAAGAUGGUUGCAAGAACCCCACAAAAGCAGAGGAAAGUGGCGAUUGUGGCGCCUCCUCUCAACUCAGAUCUUCUCAGGGAAACAAUCAGCAAGGUUGACAAAUGUAUGGAAAGACUGCAAGAGCUACAAUUCACAAUAGCAGGAGGAAACAAAGUUGUCUCUGGUGUGAACCUCAGCCCUCGAAGUACCAGAACUUAUUUGAAGACCAGCCUUAGAUGCAAGCAAGAAACUUUAAGGAUCAAGAAUGCUACUAAUAAGAGAUCUCCAAUAGGAAAGUUUCCAGCUUCCUCACCAGGAGACUGGAGGAAAAUGUCACUCCCAGCAAUGCUACUAGGAGAGACCGUAAAUGAAAUCUUACAAGCCUCACAAGUCACAAGAGACAUUGUAGAUGCCCUUGCACCAAAGAAGAAUAGAAAGUCCAGGAGAUCAACAAUGCCAGAAGAAGGCGAUGGCCCUAAAACACCUGAGAUCCAACAGAAAACUCGGGAACCGAACCCUGAAACUGUCAGCAGCAAUAUCAAAGCGAGAAGGAAGAAAGAGAAGCAGAACAAGCGAUCAGAGUCAGAUUCUUCUCCGUCUAUACAAAGAGCUCGUUCAAGAAUUGUGUUCAAAGUCGUCUCUCCACAGACAACAGCAGAGAAGAAGGUUCAUCAAGUAAAGGGCAAUGGUGAGAAUAGUUUUCGGCAUUUGGCUAACAGGGUUUCGCCAAAGCACAAACCUUGGGUUAAAAAGGCGGUUCUUUUUCCGAACCCUCUGUUUAUUUCCGGUUCCUCCACACAGCAAGCUAAGUUCAGUAGAACAAUGUCUCCGGUCAUAGCCAGAAAUGACAUAACCAGUAGCAAGAACAAUAAGGAAACGCCGCACAAGUUCUUGAUCAAAUCUCCUUCCACAUCAGCAUCGAAGUUUCAGGUCAAGAUCAAGAAGAGCCCACCUAAAGUCUCGGUUUCUCCUACCAGAAACGGAAGCAACAUGGCUCGGAGGUCGCCUAGAGGAUCCAGGUCUCCUACAAGAAGCGUUAGCUUGGGAAAGAAGUCGCCUACAGCAUCGAUUUCUCCUAUUAAAAAUUUGGGCAAGAAGUCCCCAAAGCUAUCAACCGCUGCGAAGCUCAGAAGAUCAUUUACUCCUACGAGAAAUGGAAGUAGCUUGGCCCGUAAGUCGUCCAUUUCUCCGAAAAGAGUCACGCUUCAAGCAUUUAUCUCUCCGGCAAGAAAUGGUAACUUGGGAAAGAAGUCACCCAAACCUUCGAUCUCUCCGACUAGGGUGGGCAAGAAGACGCAGAAGCUAUCAACUGCAGCAAAGCUCAGGAGGUCAUUUUCGCCAUCAAGAUUAGCGAUGAGGUUGGUGUCUCCAUUGAAGAACAGGAAAAGUGUUGGGAAGUGUGAUGAAGAUGAUGAGAUGGUGGCUGGAUUGAAACAGCGUCCAGUUUUAGUUCCUAAGAGAUUCUCGAUGGGGAGAGUCUAAUAAGAGAGAGUUUGAAAUUGA